AUGAGGAAUCUCUCAGUAGUGACUGAAUUUAUCCUGCUGGGCAUCCCACACACCGAGGAUCUGGAGAGCAUGCUCUUUGUCCUGUGUUUGGGCUUCUACAUCUUCACUCUUAUGGGGAACCUGCUCAUCCCCCUGGCGAUCGUCUCCUCCACUCGGCUCCACCCUCCCAUGUAUUUUUUCCUGUGCCAACUGUCAGUGUGUGACAUAUUUUUCCCUUCUGUGAGUUCCCCCAAGAUGCUCUUCUACCUCUCAGGGAACAGCCGGAUCAUCUCCUACGCAGGCUGCGUGUCCCAGCUCUUCUUCUACCAUUUCCUGGGCUGUACGGAGCGCUUCCCGUACACAGUGAUGGCCUAUGACCGCUUUGUCGCCAUCUGUUACCCUCUGCGCUACACGGUGACCAUGAGCCACAGAGUGUGUGCCAUCCUGGCUGUGGGGACCUCCUUUUUUGGUUGCAUUCAGGCCACCUUUCUAAGCACUCUCACCUUCCAGUUGCCCUACUAUGGCCCCAACGAGGUAGACUAUUUCUUCUGUGAUAUCCCGGUGAUGCUGAAGCUGGCUUGUACUGAUACCUCAGCCCUGGAGAUGGUGGGGUUCAUCAGUGUGGGCCUCAUGCCCCUCAGUUUCUUCCUUCUCAUCCUCACCUCCUACACCAAAAUUACCAUCUCCAUCUUGCGUAUUCGUUCAGCUGAGGGCCGAUGCCGGGCCUUCUCCACUUGCAGUGCCCACCUCAUUGCCAUCCUUUGUGCCUAUGGGCCCAUCAUCACUGUCUACCUGCAGCCCACGCCUAAGCCCAUGCUGGGAACUGUGGUUCAAAUUCUGAUGAACCUGGUAGGACCAGUGCUGAACCCUUUAAUCUAUACUUUGAGGCAUAAGGAAGUUAAAACAGCCCUGAAAAUAAUUUUGCACAGGACAAACCACGUUCCUGAGAGUUAG